UCAUAUAUAUAUAUCCACAAUUAUAUAAAACUUACUUACUGCAUGUCCAACCCCAGCAACAAAAACAUAACAACAAUAAUAAUGCCACUUUUAUUAUUAUUAUUAAUUCUUUUUGCUUCUUCACUGUUACUACCUUCCUCCCAGCUUAAUCAUGCCAACAAUAUUAUCACUUCCUCAUGCAGCACCACCUUAUAUCCGGACAUAUGCUACAACACCCUCUCAGAUAUCACCCACACCCACAUCGCAACUAAAAAAGAUGUCAUCCAACUCACCCUCAACAAAACAAAGGCCACCAUUGAAGCCACCAUCACCCACCUUACAACCACAACCACAACCACCCCCAAACAUGCCAAAAUGGCUCUUCUUGACUGCUUAGAUAUGGAAGUUGCAAAUCUAGAGCAACUCCACACCCUCAUUCAAUACCUCAAAGACUACCCAACCAAGAAACCUCUUCCCCAAUAUGCCGAUGACCUCAAUACGCUAAUGAGCACCAUCAUCACUAACAAGGAAACCUGCUUAGACGCCCUCUCCCAACAUGAUCAUUCUGAAUGCAGUAAGCGGUCCCACGAGUUUAUAACUAUCCAAGACCAGGAGCUUGGGGGAAAGAUGUGUAGCAACGUGUUGGCUAUGAUUAAGAGCAUGACUGACACAGAUAUUGCUGCCAACAACCAAGAGUUUAAUAAACCAGUUGGCCAGGCGAAGAAGGGGAUUAUGUGGCCCGAGUGGUUAUCCGCGAGAGACAGAAAACUGUUCAAGUUUGUGGGAAUGAGGCCUAACGUAAUUGUGGCAAAGAACGGGAAGGGAAACUUCACGACAGUGCAGGCUGCGGUGGAUGCUGCCCCCAACAAAAGCACUAGGAGAUUUGUCAUAAAGAUAACGGCAGGGACGUACAAGGAGUAUGUUAAUGUUCCAAGAAGCAAACAUAACAUAAUGUUUGUUGGGGAGGGAAGAGAUCAAACCAUUAUAACCGGGAACAAGAACGUCGCAGCCUGCGAUGGCACCACUACCACCACCUCCGCAACCGUAGGCGUCUUGGGCGAGGGAUUCUUGGCACGAGAUAUCACAUUUCAAAAUACGGCAGGGGCGUCAGGCCAUCAAGCAGUGGCACUACGUGUUGGAUCCGAUCUAUCCGCAUUCUAUAAAUGUGGCUUUGAAGGCUAUCAAGACACCCUUUACGUCCACUCUAACCGUCAGUUCUACAUCAAGUGCUUCAUAACAGGCACAAUCGAUUUCAUAUUCGGCAAUGCAGCAGCCGUUUUCCAGUCCUGCGACAUCAUGAUCCGCAAGCCUAAUCCGCGCCAAAGUAACAUGGUGACAGCACAAGGGCGGACGGACAAAAACCAAGCCACGGUGAUUGUGAUUCACAAAUGCAACAUCCGAGCAACUAAUGAGCUAAAGGCGGUUCAAAAGGAUUUUCCAACGUAUCUGGGAAGGCCUUGGAAGGAGUUUUCAAGAACGGUGGUGAUGGAUUCGAUAAUCAGUGACGUGAUAAGGAAGGAAGGAUGGUACCCAUGGGAUGGGGAUUUUGCGUUGGACACGCUGUAUUAUCGAGAGUACCAAAACUCAGGGCCCGGGUCGAACACGUCGAAGAGGGUUAGGUGGAAAGGGUGGGGUGUGAUCAAGGAUAAAAAUGAGGCAAGACAAUUUACUGUGGCAAGAUUCAUUAAUGGCUGGGGUUGGUUGCCACACACGGACUUCCCUUUUUGGCCUGGAUUAUGAAUCAA